UCUCAUCUCCAAUAAGCAACUUUUCCUCUUUAUAAGUUAGGCUAAUUAAUUAAACAGAAGUUACAUAUAUGGCUUUUCCAGCAAUUUUCCUAUUUCUUCUUUUUACUUUUCCAAUAAUGUGUUUUGGCAAGGAUCACAUUGUUGGAGGCAACGAUGGGUGGAGUCAAUCUGGAGACUACACCACGUGGGCAUCUGCUGAAACUUUCAAUGUUGGAGACAACCUUGUGUUUAACUAUGGUGGAAGUCAUGGCGUGAACGUAGUAAGUAAAGAUGACUAUGACAAUUGCAACACUGGAAAUGCUCUUCUAACUUACACUGGUGGCAAGAAUAGUAUCCCUCUGUCAAGUGCAGGUGACAUGUACUUCGUUUGUCCUACACUUAAUCACUGCGACACUGGCAUGAAAUUGGCAAUUAAAGUUCAAGGAAGUUCCUCUGGCACAACACCAGCAACUCCCUCUGGUGCCAAGUCUAUGCCACCUAAUGGUGCCUCUGGGAUUUAUGGUAGUAGAAGCAAAGUGGUUUAUGGAUUUUCAGUUGUGUUGGGUGUCUUGUUUGCAUUCAUGGGCUAGGGGAGAGGCAGUGCUAGCUAUAUAUGAAUUCUAGUUUUUUUUUUUUAUGUUCUAUUUCAUUUGUGUUUAUAUCCUCUGUUAUUUGUUCAUGGGCGAUAAUAUUGUGUUCAUAUUAAUAUUUAAGGAAUAAGUCACUUUUUUCUUGGUAACUAGUUCA